AUGUCUGUUUCCUUAAAAUCGACUAAGUCCUCGCCUAUUUACGGCUCUCUUCUCACGGCCUCGCUGAAUGGAUGGUCGUUUGAUGGAAAGAUUAUUGAUGUCAACUCGGACAGGAAUGAACUCUUUGUGUAGUGUUUUUAUUAUUUGUUUUAUUGGAUUUAGGUGUAAAUAAAACCUUUUUCUUCUUUUUAGCGAUGGAUGUACCUAUUCGAACGAUGUUCAAAUUGCUAGAUUUUUGGCUUCCAACUCUUCCAAUGCGAAACAAUUGCUCGGGAAGGAAUUUGUGGAGCAGGCAACCAUUGAAAAUAUCCUUGGGAUCUUCGAGGAUUUUACUCGCGGUUUAGUCAACACCGAUGAUCUUGUGCGUUUGGUUGGCGACAAUGUGAAGGCGACCGGCCACGUUGUUUUAGGCCGCGAGACUUUGGCUGAUCUUAUUUUCUGGGCGAUCUUGGAAAACCAAAAAGAAGUAAGUUUGAAGGUUUAGAAGCUAUUGAAAUUUUGGGAGGCCUUGUUAAUUCUUCCAAUUCGUUUCAGUUGCAGAAGAGUUUUGAGAAGUUCUUCGAGUCAAUGAAGACGGAUAAAAGAUUCCAUUCUGCCCAUUUAGCUGUUGGAAAAUAUGAAUCCGCACCUCCAGUAGGAAAGCCUAAGGAUAAAGUGAAGGAUGAAGGAAAAUUUGUGGAUCUGCCAAAUGCUGAAAUGGGAAAGGUGGUAGUCAGAUUCCCACCGGAAGCUUCGGGGUAUGUUUGUUUCGGUUUCUGCAUCUCCUACCUUUUGCUUACAUUUAAAACAGAAUUUUUUAGUUAUCUUCACAUUGGUCAUGCCAAGGCGGCACUCCUCAAUCAGCAUUACCAACAAAUCUAUAACGGCAAGCUUGUUAUGCGUUUUGAUGAUACUAAUCCAGCAAAGGAAAAUGCCCACUUUGAAGAGGUAAGGGAUUUUAAGAGUAUUAUUCUGGAUGUUUAGGUAAUCAAAGAGGAUUUGAAACUUCUUGGGAUUAAGCCUGACAUCUGGACCCAUAGUUCUGACUGGUUUGACAAAAUGUUGGAGUAUUGUGAGAAGUUACUCAAGGAAGGAAAGGCUUAUGUGGAUGAUACUGAUAUGGAAACGAUGAGAAAGGAGCGAGAGGAGAGGGUUGAAAGCAAGAAUUGGCACAAUUGUAAGUUACUGUUGCUGCAAGGAUUAAUUUUGUAGCUGUUGAAAAGAAUCUUGAGCUGUGGGAGGAAAUGAAGAAGGGAUCCGAAAGAGGUCAACAAUGUUGUGUUAGAAUUAAGAUAGACAUGAAGAGUAAUAAUGGAGCUCUUAGAGAUCCGACUAUUUAUCGAUGCAAGAAUGAGCCUCACGUUAGAACAGGGGACAAAUACAAGUAAGAAAAAUGUGUAUCCUAAUUUUGUUUUAAAUAUUUUUAUAAAAUUAAUGCCUAAGAAGGUCUAAGACGUUCUUAAAAAUGAAACUUUUCAUCCAUAUGAUUCUUUUUUAGGGUGUACCCAACAUAUGACUUUGCUUGCCCAAUCAUCGACGCCUUGGAUGGAGUUACUCAUUCCCUAAGAACCACCGAAUAUCAUGAUCGAGAUGAUCAGUUCCGAUUCAUUGGAAAUGCCCUGGGGUUACGGAUUCCCGAGAUAUGGUCUUAUGCCCGUCUCAACAUGACGCAUACUGUGAUGUCCAAAAGAAAGUUGACUUGGUUGGUUGAUGAGAAGAUUGUUGAUGGAUGGUAAGUAAAUCAUUCUUUUUUUAAUUGUUUUUAGGGAUGAUCCUCGCCUUCCGACGGUUCGUGGAAUUAUUCGUAGAGGAUUGACCGUCGAGGGUUUGAAACAAUUUAUCUUGGCUCAAGGAGGGAGUCGGUCAGUGGUGACGAUGGAAUGGGAUAAGAUCUGGGCUUUCAACAAGAAAGUAAUUGACCCAGUUGCCCCCAGAUAUACGGCCAUGGACACAACGAAGCCGUUGGUGAAGGUCAAUGUGAAAGGUCAAGCAAAUCUCGAGAAGAAACCGGUCAAUUUGCAUCCAAAAGACGCUGCUAUUGGACAAAAAGAUGUGUGGUACGGCCCUACAGUAUUCCUUGAACAAGCUGAUGUUGAUCAGAUCAAGUCCGGGGAUACGGUAACAUUCGUAAACUGGGGAAAUCUGAAGAUUCUUUCGGUGGGAAAAGAGAUCGAAGCCGAAUUGGAUUUGGAGAACACCAAUUAUAAGAAGACGUUGAAGGUCACUUGGCUGGCUGAGCAGAGCAAGGAGGCGAAUAUUCCGGUAAAGACAUUGGUUUAUUCCGAUGUUAUCACAAAGCCGAUCAUCGGAAAAGACGAGGAUUGGAAACAAUUUGUUGAUAAGAACUCUGUUGUAAGUCUUUAUAGUCCUUUUUUUAAAAUUUCUAAUAAAAAAUUUACACCUUGCUUCUAGAAAACCGAGACGUUCCUCGCUGAACCCCCAGUUUCCAAGCUUGCCAAAGGCGAUAUCAUCCAGUUCCAAAGAAAGGGCUAUUAUAUUGUGGAUCAAGCCUACGAUGCCAAGACAAAACAAGGUCCAACCCUCAUCUUGAUUCCAGAUGGAACGAAGCCAUCAACAACUCCGGACAGUUCAAGUCAGAAAGCCCCAGCGAAGGCGGAUAAUGGAGAUGCCUCUUCUCUGUAUUCUGAAAUAGAAAGACAAGGAAAUUUAGUCCGAGAUCUCAAAGCCAAAGAUCCCAAAGGAGUAAGUUGAACGGUGUUGAUGUGGUUGCUAAUAAGGUUAUAAUGUUUCUGUUUCAUUUUAAAGUCUUAAAAUGAAAAUACUUUCUGUAGCAACCAGCUAAAGAUGCGAUUGCAAGACUUUUGGAGUUGAAGAAGCAAUACAAGGAAACCACUGGGCAGGAAUAUAAACCUGGCCAAGCUCCUCAAUCAGCGGCCACAACUUCCGUGGUAACUGGGUCGUCUUCGGCUGGAAAUGAUUUGUAUGAACAGAUUGAAAAACAAGGAAAUUUAGUUAGAGAACUGAAGGGGAAAGAUGCCAAAAGUGUAAGCAUGAACGGUUGUCGGUUUUUGAUUAUAUGGUUUGUAGCAAGAGACCAAGGAUGCAAUUGCAACAUUGCUUGAUCUCAAGAAGAAAUACAAAGCCGCCACUGGCCAAGAAUACAAGCCAGGUCAAGCACCAAAACCAGCUGAGUCAGCUCCAACUCAAACGUCUUCUGCAAGUUCCGGCGAUGUGUAUGGACAAAUUGAAGCACAAGGAAAUCUGGUUAGGGAGCUCAAAGGAAAGGAUGCUAAGAGUGUGAGUGUGGCCUUGCAAAUUUGAUUUUGCAUAUCAUCCAUACUGUUUAUUAAGUGAGGUUUCAGCAAGCCACUAAAGAUGCGAUUGCAAAGCUACUCGAGUUGAAGAAGCAAUACAAAGAAGCCACAGGCCAAGAAUAUAAACCCGGACAAGCACCAGUUCCAACUCCGGCAGCUGCCCCUUCUGCCGGUAAUAAUGCUGAGGAUGAGCUUUAUGCCCAAGUGGAAGAACAAGGAAAACUUGUGAGAGAACUCAAAGGAAAAGACGCUAAAAGUGUAAGGCGAUGUUUUCAGAAAUCUGAAUGAGCCCUGAUUUGUAAUAUUAAAUUCUUAUAGGAUGCCACCAAGGCAGCGAUCGCUAAGCUUCUGGAGCUGAAAAAAGAAUACAAGCAGAAGACUGGAAAGGACUACAAACCCCGUUAG